AUGCUAUUCCUCGUCGUCGAGCAGUUCGGGGAGCUCAUCCACUUCGACUUCGGUCUGAACUCGCCGCCAAAUGAACGGAUUCUCAUUCGAAACGUGCUUCACUGCGCGCCUCUCGCCACGGAGGGUAACAUGAUAACUACCAAUAACACUGUCGCAUUUGAUUACGGACCGGCUACUGGAAUUAAUAAACAGGGGGAAAUCUUCCCCCAGAAUUACACCUACAGCGUUGAGGACCUUCCUGAUCAGUAUGAUGCUGCCCCUCCCGGAAGCGUAUAUGAGGCAGACUAUCGGCUAAUAGUCCUGCACGCCGCUACAGUGGCCGGUCAUACAGGCUCAGCAUUCACCAGCGAAGGAUUCGAGCCAGAUGAACGUCUGGCUCGAUCAGAUGCCGACAUAUAUCUCUACUUCUUGUCGAGCCCAGGAGUAGUUUCCAUUGGCCCGAGCGACGAUCCUUGGUUUCGUAUGACAAGGUUCUACCGCGACUUGGUAUUUACUCACGCUAUGGAUAACUACAGUACCUACAGCCCCGAUGUCGCAGCCUCGCCCCUCGCCUGUGCGAAUCAGUACCAAUUCUGCAGUGCCGACAAGGACCACUGUGGGCCAUUGGCAAGCUUCAUAGACGCUGUCACGGGGGCGGCACCCGCGUUCGGCACGACCACCGACAAGCUGGUAGAGACCACGCUGACCGAGCCUGUACCGGGCAGGUUCCAGCGUCUUGCUCUGACCUUGCGAGAGUUUCCCCUCCAUUUCAGCACGCUAUAUCUUGGACUAGGCUCAGAGUCACUAUUGGUAAAACAGACGCUCAACAAUCUCGGCGUGCAGGGCCCUCUGCCGACCGACCAGUGGCAGCGUGAGAUGACGGCAUGGUGGGCAGCUACACUUGCGGGUUUGCAGACGUUCUUUGUGCAGACCGCAAGCGGCGUCAACUUCGAGGGUCUCGAGGAUUAUCGGGACCUAGAGCCCGUGCUACCAUUCGAACACGACAUGUGCUCAAACCAGGUCCUUUCGACAGCUCAUGGCUCUUUCUCCGUGUUUGGUCUCUCGUUCACCUACGUCGCCGGCGCACUCAUCAUAAUCCUCUCGUAUGCCCUCGAGCCGCUGAUCCAAUGGCGUCACCGUCGCUACCUCAGGCGGCACAAAGACCUGCGGCUCGAACACCACCCGGGGACAUACAAGGACGUGGAAUGGACGGCCAACAACACGCUCCAGCUGCUGCGCUUUGCGCACGAGAACGCAGGGGUGGGGGAGUGGACGCGCUGCGACGAGGACAUCCCGGUGCUCGCCGGCUCGACGACCCAAUUAUGCUCGCUGGACCUGCAGGAGCCCGCCCACCCGCGCCUUUCACGAGAACCAAUGGCAUCUGAGAAUGGGUUGGGUGUUUCUACGCUGGAGUUGCAUGGUAUAAGCCCUGAAGCAUAUUCUACUGUCGAUGAUAGCCCACGGACGCAAAGUACGGACCGGGAUCCUUCAUUUGAAGAAGGGACUGUCCUUCCAGUCACAUCAACGGGGAUGCGCAGAGGUUCGGAGGCGGAAUGUUUGGGAGUACUCAGGCCUGUCUCGCCGUUGACAUUGCCGGACUUUACGCGAUAUGAAGACUGA